AUUCGCUACCACGCCGAGAUCCCUCCGCCUCUGCUGAUGAUGGCUCGGACAAAUGUCUUGGCGCCGAGCCUAACGCGCACAAUUUGUUGGAAGAUGGCCAGUCGGACAUGUCCGAAAUGGAAUUUACGCCUGAUAAGACUUCAAUUGAUACGAGAAUCGAAAGAGUAAUUGUCCCUAUGCUCUGUUGAUCUCGCGACUCUAUAUUCAGCGACCAGCCUGCUCUUCUUUUGAAGACUGCCGAAUUUCAGAGUGGUCGAACAGCGAGGCUUGAAACCGACUUGUUUACUUUCUCUUUUCCGAGUCCUUGCCCGAGUCGAUCUUGAGAACGGAAAGGAACAAUGGCAGUCACUCAUAUUGCGGAGAAAGUCAACUUAGCUGUGGCUCGCAGCUUUGUUGGCAAGCGCUUCAGGCUGGAGCACUCUGGUCAUAGAAAAGAGCGUAAAGGAUCGCGUUUUUUGACGGAGAUCCGGGCGGGAUUGGCUACUUUCUUUGCCAUGGCCUAUAUUAUCUCUGUUAAUGCAACUAUCGUGAGCGAUACUGGAGGCACUUGUGUAUGCAAUAGCACACCCGAUGACCCGAUCUGCACGUCAAACGAGGAAUAUGCGCUCUGCCAGCAAGUCAUCCACCGCGACCUGAUCACAGCAACUGCCGCUAUCGCAGCGCUUUCCACAUUCUGCAUGGGUAUUUUUGCCAAUAUGCCUCUCGCCCUCGCUCCCGGCAUGGGUCUCAAUGCCUAUUUUGCAUACACUGUUGUUGGAUUCCACGGAACUGGAUUUGUCUCCUAUCGACUCGCUUUGACCGCAGUCUUUGUGGAGGGAUUGGUAUUUGUUGCCUUGUCUGUCCUUGGACUUCGGCAGUGGUUGGCACGGGCAAUUCCCCACUCCAUUAAACUCGCAACGGGUGUGGGGAUCGGUCUCUACCUCACAAUCAUCGGUCUCACUUACAGCGACGGUAUCGGAUUGAUUACUGGAGCGACUUCGACCCCGUUAGAGUUGGCGGGUUGCGCAGCUAGUAUGCGUGACCCCGACACUGGGUUAUGCCCCAAUUCCGGAAAGAUGCGCAGUCCUACCAUGUGGGUAGGCAUUUUCUGUGGUGGAAUGUUUACCGCUAUCCUUAUGCUUUACCGUGUCAAGGGUGCAAUUAUUGCCGGAAUCCUAUUGGUGUCCAUCAUCUCGUGGCCCCGAAGCACGCCCGUAACUUACUUUCCCCACACAGCCACCGGCGACGCCGCUUUUGACUUCUUCAAGAACGUCGUUACAUUCCAUCCCAUCACCAAGAUUCUCAAUGUUCAGGACUGGUCGCUCGGUGAGGCAGGCGGAAAAUUUGGACUGGCGUUCAUCACUUUCCUUUACGUCGACAUUCUUGACUGCACCGGCACAAUGUAUGCCAUGGCUCGCUUUGCCGGAGCAAUCGACGAAAGGACCCAGGAUUUCGAAGGCAGCGCAGUCGCAUACCUCGUUGAUGCUUUCUCCGUUACCAUCGGCAGUCUCUUCGGUUGCCCUCCCUGCACGGCUUUCAUCGAAUCGGGCGCUGGUAUUUCUGAAGGUGGACGAACUGGAAUCACCUCAGUAGUAACCGGUCUCUGCUUCUUCAUCUCCAUCUUCUUUGCACCAAUUUUCGCCUCCAUUCCCCCUUGGGCUACAGGAUGUACUCUUGUCAUUGUCGGCGCUAUGAUGGCGACCGCCGCCAAGGAUAUCAACUGGCGCUAUUGGGGCGAUGCUCUUCCAGCAUUCAUCACCAUGGCCGUCAUGCCAUUCACCUAUUCUAUCUCCUACGGCCUGAUCGGUGGUAUUAUCUCUUACAUCAUCAUCAAUACUGUUGUCUGGAUCCUGGAGAAGGCUAGUCGCGGUCGCAUUGUUCCGCCAGGUAAGGAAGGCAAGGAUCCAUGGACCUGGCGAAUGGAAGGAGGUGUUCUUCCUCCGUGGAUCGUUCGCUUGUCAAGAGGAAAGAAAGAAUUUUGGCGCGAAGACCCUGUUUUCGACGGCGAGAAGACGUCUAAUAUGGAAGGCGUUGUCGUCGUGCAGCCCGAUAAUACCAAAGAUACCAAAUAGAUAUAUACCCGUAUAGAUGGUGU